GUUCCGGAAGUGCCGUCUCUAUUGUCGUUAGCUUGACGACGGUCUCGAGCAGAGAUUUAGGAAUGUGGAGACCAGCUUCUACGUCACCCUCAAAUCGCCUGCUGGGGUCCCGUCGUAAGAAAACUUUUUUAAAGGCCGUUAAUUAAUAACACCAACCACACGGGACGCUCGUUUAUGUCUCCAUGGUAACGUUGUCGCGUUGAGCCGCCUGCGAGGGGGCGGCACCGGAGAAGAGCGGCGGGUCCUCGGUGUCUUUUCUCCACGCAAAGGCGAAAUCAGUCGAAGAUGGUAAGAAGAGCGCGGCUGCAUCAGGACAGCAACAGCUCUAUAGCCAUUUCACAACGGAGCCUACUACCCAUACACCAGUGACACCCAGGGGACCCACUCGUCAGCAGGGAUCCCAUCCCUCCUGAAUUCUCCGCUCAGCCAGCACUCUGCAAGCAGCCAUUCUGUGCCUGCACCAGGCAUGACUCCAUCCAGCGGCGCCUCCACCGUUCUCCCCUUCAAGUUCCGCCCGCGCAGGGAGAGCGUAGAUUGGCGGCGGAUCAACGCAGUGGACAUAGACCUGGUGGUGAGCCAGCUGGAUGUGGACGCCCUGCAGGAGCACAUCAGCACGGUGACCUUCUGCAGCUUGGACGGUGAGCGAUGUCAGCGGUGCCAGAGCCCUGUGGACCCUGCUCUGGUCAAGCUGUUGCGGCUGGCCCAGCUCACAGUGGAGUGGCUCCUCCACUGCCAGGAAUUUCUCACAAUCAACCUCCACACGGUGGAGGAGAGGCUGGCGGCGGCUGGAAGGGAUCGCGAGCAGCUGCUGGCUCAGCAGAAGAAGCAAGAGGAGAAGGUGAAGACGCUGAGCAGCGAGCUCAAGCAGAGGAAGAAGGUUAUUCGCACCCAGCAGUCCCUGCUCGCGCCACGAAUCAUCAGCAGCCAGAAGUGUCCACACUGUGAUAAAAACUUCCUCAAUUCCUCCUUUCUCCAGAAUCACCUGCAGCGUCGCCACCCCGAUGAGUAUGACAUCCAGUUGCGAUCAGACAGUGAGAAGAAAUCUCAGAUCGAAAGUCUCAAACUGGAGAUCAGCAAUCUGAAGGAGCAAAUUGUUCAGCAGCAACAAACCUUGAAAGACAAAACAGCUCAAGAGAAAGAGCAGCAGUCCAUGCACAAAGACCUGCUGAGAGAACUGGACCGUUUUAAGGCCGAGGAGAUGGCGCGCAUGGACAGAAAGAUAGAAGACAGCAGGGAUGGCAUCCGCAGGGAGAUGGAAUUUCUUUACACUCGAAAUAUUCAGGCUCUGAAUGAAGUAAACCAGAAUCAGACAGCCAAGCAUGAAAAAUCAGCCAGCCCUGUUCACUCACAGCCCGAGAGAGACCUGGACAACUACAAAGAAAUGCAGAUACAAGCCAUCCAGAAGCUGGAACAUCAGCUGAAGAAACAGGACAAAAAGUGGGAAUUCAGGCUGCAAGAAAUAAAGGCUCAACAUGAGUCAGAAAAGAAUCAGUUGCUGAACGAGCUGAGCAGGAUGCAGUCGUCUGUGUCGGAGCAGCAGGAGCGCAGCCAGAAACUGCAGCAGGAGAUGGGGAGGAGACUUCAGGAAAAGGAGCAAACCAUCAAGGCUCAGAGAGAGCAGAUAAGGAAUAUAACCUCAAAUCCACCAACCAAAGUAGUUGAAGUGCCAGUGAUAGUCAGUGCACCAGCUCCGGAGCCUAAACCAAAGAGAGUUGUACUUGACUCAAGCAUCUCUGAGUUGAGGCCAGUGGAGAAGAAGCCUGAGCCCGUACCAGAGAAGAAACAGAAGGUGUUGAGGAAGCAUCCCAACAUCAAGAAAGAGAUGCGACUACACCUUGAGCAGGCUGUCAUGGAGAAGCUGGAGAACCUGGGGGUCAAGCCUGAUCAGAAUGGUCUAAAGAACAAGGAGCUCAGUUCCAUCCUGGCUAAGGUGCAUUUGAAGCGGGAGAGCAUUGCGAAGGAGAUGCCUGACUACUGGCGCCAUCGGGAGGACCUGUCCACCUCUGUGGAGCAGAAGCUGGGCGGUCAGAGGAGAGGCAGUGACCCUGCUCCAGAGUCUGAGACCAGAUCCAGACACUCAGUUCAAGUGUUACAGAUCCGACCUCGAUCCAGUAGCCUGCCCUCCAGGGCCACCCAGGUGAUGUCUGGACCUGCAGUCAAACAGCCCAAAACCCCCCAGCCGGCACCGAGGACCAAGACCACCACCCAACCCAAGACAUCUACACCCAACACGAAGACUGCUCUGAGGACCUUCACAACCAAGACUCCUCCUUUCAGUUCAGACGAGGAAUCUGAAGAAGAGGACACGGACAUGGAGGAGGAACAGCCGCAGAAACAUCAGAGGGGCAAAACACCGCAGCCCAGGUUAAACCAGGCCACUCCGCUCCACAUCAGAGCUAGCAAAGCUAGUCCAGUCCAGGCAAGGCAGGCUCCAGCCGGGCACUCUUUCUCCUCCAACCCCCUGCAGUCCCGGGGGUCAGGGGGUGGUGUGACCAAGACAACAGUCACAAAGAUGGAGAGUGACGACGACGAUGAUGAUGAUGAUGAGUGGUCAGAGGUCAGCGAGCUGCAGGAGAUUGAUCCCAGACAGCUCCAGAGUUACAAAGACCAGAACGGCAACGUGGAUAAGAGAAACUUUGGUAAAGAGAACAAAAUCAACGACCUGGCCAGAAAAAUGGAGAAGCAGUUUGCAGAGAGAGCGGUAAAGAAACCAGCAGGGGGCGUGAGCAUCCUACCAGAGAGGAAGGACGAGGUGCAGGAACUGACGUACACAGAUCUAGAGGAGAGCAGUGAGUGGCUGGUCUCCUCCUUAGAGGAUAGACAGGAAAAGUCUAAACCAGCCCAAAGCUCUGGACCAAUGAGGAAGAGCCUGGACUCACCCAGCACCAGCGUCUGGGGAACUUCCACAGGAAAGGCUCCCAAAUCAGGUUUGACUGAAGCUGGAACAGGAAGUACCCUGAAGAGCAGCCUGUGCUCCCUCAGUGACAUCAGUGACUCCGAGGACAUUAGCAAUAAACACUACAGCUGAUCAGGUGAUGUAGCGCUACGCCAAGCACAGACACUAAGACCUCAGUCAACUCCUCUGACAUCUGCAGUCUAUGCCAAACAGCCGUAUUUUAUUCAGCAAUACUUCUUUAGUCUGAGGGAUUCAGAAGAACAUAUCUUUAAUAUUUGUAGAAAUAAAUGAGAUUCCAGCUUUUCUUUUUCAGUCUCACCUUAUGCCUUGUGCCAAUUGUUUGCUUGCCUUAGACCUUUUCAGUGUUCAUCUUUUAAUAGAUUGUCUUUUGUAUAUUCAGUGAAAUACUCCAUCUGAGGUACUGUAUGUAGUUUGUGUAAAAAAACAAAGUUUGUACAUCAAAUUUUAUAAUUCCUUCAUGUGUCAAAUGAAGCAGUGAGAUGUGACUUUUGUAUAGAAAAUAUUUAUACAAGCAAUAAAAGAUUUCUUUGUGGAAUACACACAAACUGUUACAUGAAA